AAGUCUUUUGUCCGCAAAUAUUUUUUCCAGCCAAUUUCCUAUCUUUAUUUGGAUUUCACACGAAUGGCCGGCAUGCAUACGAUGUAUUCUCAGGUGGCAGCCACAGAAGGAAGUGCUCGUAUUAAUUUUUUUCUCAUAUUUUCAUUCGGUCCUCAUAGCAAAGGAAAGUAAUUUUUUCUGCAAUUGAAACCUGCGAGGAGUGUUUUUAAAUCUUAUCUACAAAAAUUGUCUGAAAACGAUUUCUACACUGUACAAUUUAACAUUGAAAUGAUUUACGUUGUACCUCAUUAGCCAACAAAAAAGGACGUGGCCAUAGAACUGAUGAAAACCGAAGUUACGCAAAUUUAAUAAACUUUAAAAGUGCAUCACUAAACAGGAAGAUACGAGUCGUUUUAUUACAUUUAACUACAACAAAUAAAAAAUUGUAUAAUUGAAUUAAAGGAUUUAAUAUGAGCGGCGGUGGAGUUGGUAGUGACUCUACAGCGCCAAGCGGUCCGCGAGUGGUUCAUAUAUAUAAAACGGAAACAGGCUUUGGUUUCAAUGUGCGUGGACAAGUUUCUGAGGGUGGGCAACUUCGUUCAAUAAACGGAGAGUUAUAUGCCCCCUUGCAACACGUAAGUGCCGUGCUCGAAAACGGCGCCGCAGAGAAGGCAGGAAUAAAAAAAGGGGAUCGCAUACUAGAGGUAAAUGGUGUUACCGUAGAAGGAGCUACACACAAGCAAGUCGUAGAUUUGAUAAAGUCUGGCGGGGAUUGCCUCACGCUGACAGUAAUUUCGGUAACGCAGCAAGAGGCGGAAAGACUCGAACCUCAGGAAGAUCAGACGGGUUACUCAUAUAUUGAUUAUUCCGAUAAACGAUCGUUGCCUAUUAGUAUACCAGACUACAGCAUUGUAAAUCGCAAUGGAGAGCGUUACAUCGUUUUCAAUAUACAUAUGGCUGGCCGUCAAUUGUGUUCUCGUCGUUAUCGCGAAUUUGCCAAUCUUCACUCAAUAUUAAGAAAGGAAUUUGCUGGUUUUAAUUUUCCUAAACUGCCUGGAAAAUGGCCAUUCCAAUUAAGCGAGCAGCAAUUGGACACUCGCCGGCGAGGCCUUGAGCAAUACUUGGAGAAGGUGUGCGCCGUACGCGUCAUCGCCGAAAGCGAUGCGGUGCAAGAUUUUCUCACGGACUCAGAAGACGAUAUAUCCGCUUCUCCAGUGGACAUAAAAGUAAUGCUGCCGGAUCAUGAAGUAUCUACGGUCUCAGUGCGAAAGUCUGCAAAUGCGCAGGUGGUGUGGGAACUUCUGGUUCAGCGAGCCAACCUAACGUCGUACACCCAACAAUAUUUUUAUCUCUUUGAAAUUGUUGAAUAUAAUUUUGAACGCAAGCUGCAGCCACACGAGAUUCCACACCAACUGUAUGUCCAAAACUACAGUACCGCCUCCAGCACUUGCCUCUGUGUGCGUAGAUGGUUGUUCUCAGUGAGUAGAGAGCUUGGCUUACCUGAUGGCGAACAAGCAGCAACAUUUAUUUUUUAUCAGGCGGUUGAUGAAGUGAAUCGCGGAAAUAUACGCGCUGAAGGCCGUCUUUAUGAACUGAAAGCCUUACAGGAUGCAAAGAAAGCAUCGGAAUAUUUGGCGUUAGCGCGCACGCUACCCGGGUAUGGCGAUGUCGUAUUUCCGCACUGUACCUGUGAUAGUCGCAAAGAAGGACAUGUAGUGCCAGCCGUUGGAAUAAAAAGUUUUCGUUUGCUUGCAUGCCGUGAAGAUGGUUCACUUGAGUCGCAAAUGGUCGAACUAACCUGGGAAAGCAUAACUCGCUGGGAGAGCGAUGAAGAGUCAAUGUCAUUCUGCUUUCAAUACAAUCGCCCGGACAAACCGGCGCGUUGGGUGAAAGUUUACACGCCAUAUCAUUCGUUUUUAGCUGAUUGUUUUGAUCGAAUAAUGGAGGAACGCAAAUGGGAAGAUAGCGGUGAUUAACAAAAGAACGUCUAUAACGCUUGAGCGUGGGUUUCCAUUAUCAUAGUUUUACGAUAUUUUAAGCACCUGAUAGAACUCAGCAAACGCAAAUAUUCAUCUCACUUUUUUAUUUUUUAUUUUUUUUGCUACUUCAUCUAAAAGUUAUAUCUUCUGUACACCAACUCUAAAGUGCACUACUGGUUGUACUAAGAAUAAAAUUGGGCCUGAACCACACUGUAACUCAUUCUAAAAUUUGAAAGAACAACUAUAAACGCUGAAUACAUACAAAUGUAUAAGCUUUUUUUUUUGUACACUAUGAUGUGUACUAUACCUUCAUGUACUAUAAAAAUCGACCAACUCAACACUAAAUUAAAUGGCCGCUGUAGCACCACAUAAUUCGCAAUACAAAAAAAUUAAAAAUUAAAUAAAAUUGUCCAGAUUGUUUAAUCUCAGUUAAGUUAACGAAUAUUGCAUAUAUUAAAUAUUACAUACCCACAUACCUACAUAUAUACAAGUUAUAUAUUAUUGUAUAUUUCCGAAUUAGCAAUUUUUAUAAUUAAGUAAGAAUAAAAGAUACAUACAUAUGUCUUAUUAAAACAUUCAUACAAUGCACCUUAAUCACGCACUCAAUUGAAAAUCGGCAUUUGCGCACCAAGAUCAAAUUAAACAGCUCCAGGUCACUUAAAUUAAUCUAAGAUGUUUAAAAAAUAAAUGUUAAAAUUGUUGUCAAUUUCUAAGAAACAAGCUUAAGUAAUCGUAGCAAGCUUACGAACAAGAAACAAACACACUUUCCCAUUGUCAAUGCAAGUUGUGAGAAUCUACUUCAGUUAAGCUGAAAUGAUUAGGCCUGCGGAGUGCUCUAGAAAUAAGAAAAAAGUUUUUGGCUCAAAGUAAGCGGUUCAAACCGAUCGUGAUCUAUAGCUUACACCGAAAUCCAUUUACAGUUAAUUUUAACCAAGUUUUUACUGAUCCCUCUAUGCCGAAAAAGCCAAAAAACCUGAUUUUUCACAGCGGCCAAUUUUCGCGACAUUUUCAUUUAAACUCGCUAUAUCUCAGACUUUUUAUUAUCGAUUUAUUUGCAAUUUUUACACAAUAAAUAAGAUGUUAUUCUUAAGAAACUGAGUUCUUCUACAGUUCUUAAUACUUAUUAAAAACAAAAUUACUUGUACAAGUUCUAUGUAAAAAUAUUUGUGAUCUAGAGGCGAGCGCCCGCUCGUGGGUGUCACCACAAUAUUCGGCCUCAUUGCGUAAGUCGUAAAUUAGGCCAAAUUUUAAGACUCGAACACAUUGACAUAGUCUACUGCCGUGCUGAAAUAAGUAAACGACGAAAAUUGUCGAAAACUAUGCAGUGCUGCAACGUUUUGCGGUUUUAAUACGCUAGUCGAGUCGAAAUUUUUGGCAAUGUCGAAAAACGACUUGCAUUCGACACGACUCUCGCAAUGAGGCUGAUUACUAUAACUUUGGAAUUACUUGCUGUUUAAAACAUGAAGCUUUACAAAAAAUUUCUUUAGAUAAUAAUGCUAUAAUCUAUAAUGUUGCAUUAAAACAAAACAAAAUUUUCAAAUUUUAUAGCACACCUUUAGCAUUUGUAAAAGCUACCUCCAUAAUUUUUAGAAAAAAAGUUUAAAAAUCAGCCAUUUUGUUUUUAAUAAGUAUUAAGAACUUAUUGUGUAAAAUCUUCAAAUUAAGCGAUAAUAAAGCGCCUGAGAUAUAGCGAGGCCAAGUGAAAAUUUCGCAAAAAUUGGCCGCUGCAAAAAUUCAGGGUUUUUGGCUCUUUCGGCAUCAGUAAAACUUGGUUAAAAUUAACUGUAAAUAUAUUCUGGUGUAAGCUAUCGAUCACGAUUGGUUUGAACCGGUUACUUUGACCCAACAACUCUCUGGACUCUUUUUGGGCAUAAUCCGCAGGCUUAGAUGGUUGAGGGAAAAAUCAAACAUGUAGCAGUAAAUUUGUAUAUUCAUAAGAAGAUCUAUCAAACUGUUUAUAAUUAAAGAAAAAAACGUUAUACAUACAUAUGUAUGUAGUUAUAUUCAUGUGUCACAUGCGGUUAGGUCAAGCAACAGGCAUAGAAACUAUUGUUUAUCUUUGCUGAUAAAUGAAUAUAGCAAGGGACUUAAUUUAAUUGUAGAUAAAUAAAAACAAAAAAUUCAAAGCUUCUAUUCCAUCUUGAAGUUAUGUAGUUGAAGCUAUUCUAUAUAAAUUCAAAGUUUCAAAUGAAUCAACGUAAAACGAACAAACACAUAUGUAUUUGUUACUAUAUAUUAAUGAAUCUAUUCUUUUAAAGAAUUUCACGAUUUUAUAAUUUAGUUACCUAUCCUAAAUAUUAAUAGACUUACAUAGGUAUAUGUAUAAAUAAUUUCUACGCAAAGCAGAAAUGUGGCCAUUACAUUGUUAGUUAUUUUUUUUUUUUUUUAUAGUAAAAUACUCGUUCCAACAGUGACAUUCCUUAAGAGAGUAAACCAUGCUUUAGUAAGCAAAUUAAUUAUGCAUUUGAUGGAUAAGGUAUUCAAUAACAAAAAUAAUAAAAGUCAGAUUUAAUGAUGCUAUUCUCUUCCGAUGCUUUUAAACUGAAAUACAUAAAACACGCAUAUACUACAUACAUAUAUACAUAUGCUAUAAACAAUGAUGGGUAGUACAUAUAUGGAACUGUUUCUUAAAUCAUAAAUAUGUAGGCAGGAACUUUCACGGAUUAAUUCAGGAAUAAAAUAACAUAUUGAGUCGUAGGUCGCGAAGUUCCAUACAAAAUGACAGCGGGCUCUACGAAAAUCCGUUUUCUUUAUAAAUCCAUACAUAAGUCAAUCAGUCUUAAUUUGAUCUUGUAAAAAUGGAAUUAUAUUGAUUUGGUGAAAGGUUUGACGAAGAUGUAUAUUUUAUUUGUAUAUUAUAUUUUCCGAUAGAAAAGUGAUGUGUUCUGGUAAAACAAAACAA